UGACAGGAACCGGUAACAAAAAUAGGCAGCUGCCCAUGGAUAGAUUCAAGUGUCUCUUCCCCCACGAGGCCUCCUAGCUAGCCACCACCAUUGCAAUCUUUUCCUCCACGCAGGGGAGGAAGAAGAAGCAGCAGCUGGAUUAACCGGAUCAACUGAGGAAGGAAGAGCCGUCGAGAGCGAUGGCGAGCAAGGCCCACCUCUCCUUCCUGCUCCUCGCGGUCGUCGCGGCCUCCCUCGCCGGCCCGUCCGCCGGCAUUUUCCACAUCGUCGGCGCCGGCAAGGGGUGGCGCAUCGCCCCCAACCAGACCUACUACGCCGACUGGGCCCGCACCAGGGACAUCCACGUCGGCGACAAGCUCAUGUUCCUGUACCGGAGCGGGGUGUACGACAUCGUGCAGGUGCCGACCAAGGAGCUGUUCGACGCGUGCAGCAUGGACAACGUCACCAUGCGGUACCAGCUCGGCCCCACCAUCAUCAAGCUCGACACGCCCGGCCCGCGCUACUACUUCUGCGGCGUCGGCGAGCACUGCGAGGGGGGCCAGAAGGUCGCCGUCAACGUCUCCGGCGACCCCGCCGCCCCCGCCACCGCCACCGCCACCGCCGCCGCCACCACCACCGCCACCGCCGCCGAGGCGCCCGCCGCAGCGGCGCUGCCGCCGGCGGCGCCGAUAGAGCUGGGGGAGGCCGCGCUGCAGGCGGAGCCCACGCAGGCGUCGUCGACGGCGCAGGAGGAGCUCGCGCAGGCGUCGACGAUGGAGGUGGACCCCGCGAAGCUUGUGGACGCCAAGAAGAAACUAUAGGGAACAUGUAUGGCAUGCGUAUACUAUGUAUUUACCCAGUAUGCAUCUUUGCCGCACAAGUACAAUAGCCCUCGAUCUGGGCUUGGAUCGAUGUAUUUUCAUUUUUCAUUUUUUGGGGUCGAUGUAUUUACGCUCAUACUAAGCCACGGCGCAAUUGGAUUGUAUGUAUGUA